CGUAAAUAUAGUCUUGAUUGCCAACAAAACUCUCGAUGAGCCUAUGUAGCAACGAAUUACUUUUCUCGAAUAUGCCACAUAGUGGAUUAUCAUUACACGAGCUUUGACGAGAUCAACCCCUGCAUUAACGCAACGUCACGUCUUGGCACGCUCAAAUUGGUAGUUGACCUUCUAUGCAGACCUUUUCCGUCUUUAAGCCCUGGUCUUCAGUAACAUCGUCCCAUUGCACUAGGCAUUAUAGAUACCCGGAAUCCAAACCUCGUAUUAUAAAUUGUGGUUACAUAGAAGAGUGUGAUUCUAGACUCGGUAUAGUAGGUCGCGAAUAGAGCUGUAAUUACAUAUAAACGAUAUUAUGGUCGCGUGGCCUACUAUGUGAGAGAUCUAGUUUAGUGAUCUCCUCGUACGCCGUGACUGAGACCGGAUAUGCGUUUCCUAAGCCUUGCUUUGGCCCUCUCCGGGGGUGCCGCCGCUCUGAACCGUAGGGCUGAUAACACUACGAAUGCCGCUCCGAUCUCAAAGAGCUUCAUCGUCGAAUAUGCACCUGGUCAAGCAAAUAGACGAGAUGGGCUUGCUUCCGCUGAAGGCAUCAAGAUUGUCAAAUCUUUCAAUAGUCCAGUCUUCUCCGGUGCCAGCAUCGAAACCGACUCUUACAGCAUCAAUAAACUCGAGGGGAUGCCUGGCGUGCUGCGCGUCUGGCCGAACGAGAGAGUCUAUUUAAACCCAGCCGAGCCAAAAGUCCUCGAUGGUGUUCCAGCCAACUUGAACUAUACUACUCACAACGUCACUGGGGUUAGCAAGCUACACGAAGCCGGUAUCUAUGGCAAAGGUGUAAAGGUUGGAAUUGUUGAUUCUGGAACGUGGUAUAACCACACAGCUCUCGGUGGUGGUUUUGGCCCUGGCUUCAAAGUAGCCGGUGGAUAUGACUUUGUCGGCGAUGGCAAUUGGCCUAGCGAGGAGAAGCAACCUGACGACGAUCCUCUUGACGUCUUUGGCCACGGAACUCAUGUCGCUGGAAUUGUCGCAGCAAAGGCCGAUUCGUGGACUGGUGUUGCCCCUGAAGCGACCCUGUAUUCCUACAAGGUGUUUCCCGGAACUGACUAUACCGACACCGCCACACUAAUCGAUGCAUUUUUACGAGCAUACGAUGACGAGGUCGAUAUCGUAACCGCCAGCAUUGGUUCUCCUGGUGGCUGGUCAACUCAUGCCUGGGCUGAGGUAGCCUCUCGUCUCGUAGAUGAAGGUAUUCUUGUCACAAUCGCAGCUGGAAACUCUGGAGACCAAGGCCCCUUCUAUGGAAGCACCGGUUCAUCCGGCACCAAUGUCAUUGCAGUUGCCUCGGUCGAGACGGAGGUAUUCCCUGAAUUCCCCUUCGGAGCCAACUUCACGAUAGACGGAGUUACCAAUACUACCACUCUCGGCUACCUCCCUUCGACUUUCUACUUCCCAUCUAACGUGGUAGGAUGGCCUAUUGUACCGCUCUCUUUCAAUACAUCCGACCCUGCAGAAGCAUGCGAGCCCUACCCCGAAGGUACUCAAAACCUGACGGGUAAGAUACCAAUUGUAAGACGUGGUACUUGUGCGUUCGCUAUCAAACAAGGCCAUCUGGCUGCUCUGGGGGCGGAAUAUAUGCUAUUUUACAACAACGAGAGCCCCUUGAUCCAACCGGGAACGACCGACGAUGAGACACUCAUCGCAUUAGUCAUUGCAGGAAUUGGAGAAGCUAUUAUCGACACUGUUAAGAAUAACGGUACCGUGACGGCAGAUUUCUCUGUAAACCCAGAGAACCCAAUUGGCUACGCAAACCCCUCUGCCAACAAGCCUAACAUCUUUACGCAAUGGGGACCCUCUUUUGACCUGGAUCUUAAGCCGGAUAUUGCUGCACCUGGUGGUAAUAUAUUUAGUACUUACCUCGAUGGCGAGUACGCAAUUAUGAGCGGGACAUCAAUGGCGACCCCGUAUGUUGCUGGUAUCGCGGCUCUUUACAUCGGUGCUUUCGGUGGUCGUAGUGUCCACGGUAAAGGCUUUGCGCACAGUCUCCGUAGGAAAAUCAUCUCCAGUGGAGCAGCUGUACCUUGGUUUGACGGUUCGGAUAAAGACUAUGGCUUUACUGCCAGUGUUGCGCAGGUCGGCAACGGGUUAGUUAACGCCUUCAAGGUUGUAAACUACAGCACGGAUGUCGAGUACGAGAAAUUCAACCUGAACGACACUGCGAAUUUCAAAGAAUCCCACCCGGUUACCGUGACAAAUCAUGGCGCCCGCGACAUUAGCUACAGCUUUACCACGGAGAGUGCUGGUGGUAUUGAGGUUGUCGGUUGGUUUCCUGAUGAUGGAUCAAGGAGAGUGAAGCAAUUCGAUGAGUUGGAGCCUAUAGACCUUACUGUCGAUGUUCGCCUACCUGAAGAUUUCACCCUCAAAGCCGGCGAGAGCAAAACAGUUGCCGUCAACUUCGUUAAUCCCGAGGGUUCGGGCUGGAACUCCUCUGGUUUCCCUCUGUUCAGUGGGAAGGUCAUACUAUUAUCAAGCGCUGGAGAACAGCUUUCUUUCCCGUACUUGGGACUCGGUGCCGACCUAAAAGCUGAAUUAGGUUCCGUCUAUUAUCCAGGGUACCCCUUCUCGAAAUCCGGGGCCUCCUAUGAGGAUAUAAAAGAUAAACCAUACUACACGUUCAACGUCAGUCGAUUUUCCCAGGAUUUCCCAAAGAUAUAUACCCAGGUCACAUGGGGCAGCAAGCAGGUUCGCUGGGAUAUAUACGAAGCCGGCUGGAAUGAGAGCCUGUGGUCUUAUCCACCCGUUGAGGGAGAGAAUGGCUACAUCGGACCCGCCGCAUCUUGGAACGGCGAAGGUGGAUUCUUCGACGACCGGUUUAACGACCCAAACGACACCUUUACCUACCCUCGCACCGAUACUCUGCGUGGAGGGUGGGAUCAUACGUGGUUUGGAAAGCUUGGUAACGGUAGUCAGAUUGCAAAUGGCAACUACACGUGGCGAUUUGCUACACUCAGGCCGUUCGGAGACCCGACUGUUUCGGAAGACUGGAGUAUUUUCAAGACUCCUGAAAUCUCCGUCCUGGGACACUACUAGGCAAACAGUGAGGAGCUUUAUUCAAGAACUAGGCACUACCUAGGUCUUUACCUGAGUCGUACACGUGUAUCCUAAAGACUUCGACAUGUCUUAGGACUAUACAGUGGGUCAGGAUCUUCUCUCGUGUGACUCUUUGGCAUUAGGUUGCUGGAGGGGUAUGCUACUUGGCUUACCUUGGUAACUACCUCAUAGGAGAAGAAAGCAAAACAAGCUCCUUCUAUUUCCGCACAUAAUAUAAAAGAUUAUUCUAAGAUGUAUUACGAACUAUAUGGUGGUAACUAAUGCCUGUAGACUUAUUCUCUU